AUGACGACCACCUCACGACCUGCACCCCCACCUCUAAUUCACUCAGGAUACAACGAUUUAGUCUCUCUGGUAGCCUCUACCCCUUCCAGAUUAGGAGUCAACAUAGCUUCCAACCCUCAAUCAUCCAGAUACAGCUCUCCCCCACAGGUAUUCAGAGGAAAUUAUGCGAGAUUACCUGACCCUUUGCCCCGUGCGGACUCUUAUGUGCGAUUGAUCCAGGAGGAAGUCACGACUAGACCUGUCAUCUCUUCGGGAGGAGGAAGAGGAGGAAGAGCGAGAGGGUAUGCUAGAGGUGGAGGAAGGGUUGGUGCGGGAAAUGGAAGAGAGGAAUGGAAGGUCUCAGAGUUGAAGAAGAGGAAGAUCGAUAAGAAGAUGAUUGGGUAUCCAACUGAUUUCAGGCAUAUCUUUCAUGCUUCCACCUAUGAAGAAGCUACGGAGUUGCUGUUGAGGUGGUCUAUAGAAGGUGUAGGGGAUAAGCUAGGAGACCCCGCUUGGGCAUACCCGAUAAAAGAGCUUGUCAAAGCCAGAGCGAGAGAGCAGCAAGCUCGAGCUGUAGCUGCUGUCGUAGAAGCUACUGCUCGGACUCGAGAGCUGGCGAAUGCAGAUGUAGAAGAUCUACAAUCGCCCGGUACACUGAGGGUAGUGAACGGUCUCCCCUCAUCCAUCUAUUCAACUACCAAUACUCUCAGAACCACCAACAAGCUUAGACCCACUAUACAAACUCGUACCAGUGGAAACACCAACAAUACACGUUCCAAUGGUACUGGCCAGACAUCCAUCUCACCUCUAUUGACUGGUGGAUCAACACCAAGGGUGAUCGCGAAUUUUCAAGGGUACUUCGAUGACGCCUCUUCAGCAGGACAUAAGGUGAUUCGAACACGUACUAGCCCAUUAAUUAAUCCUAUUCCCUUCGCUUCUCCUGAUCUGGCCAAGGGAGUUACCAAACCCUUGCAAAUUAAGAAGAAGUCGGUAUCUGCAUUAGCUACUCCCUUCGAAUCAACCCCAACUACCAAGAAUGAAGAAGCCAUCAUCGAAGAUUCGCCUCCUUUACCAUCGAUUGAAGAGAAACCUUCCAGUCCACCUACCCCUAAUCUCAAGAAGGAUUCUCGACCUAAAGCACAGGAGAUAUUCACCCAAUUGCCAUUUAGGAUUGUCAAACCUUCUCUCGAAACCUUGGAGAGAUCCAUGUCCAUCGCAUUGUACUUCGAACAGUAUUAUCACUCUUUACUGAAGACUUCUCCAAUCAAACUGAAUGGAUACUCUGCGCCUAUACGUAAUGAUAAGGAAGGUGAGGGUAAACCGAUCCACCCUGGAAACUACGUUCUGAACCGAGCCCGAAGGUUAGCGAAUCUAGAAUCAACAUUUGCAUUACCGGAGAAUAGGUUCAUGUCUGAAGAUGAAAAGGCUGCGAGAAGGGAUGAAUUAUUAAAAGAGGAAAACAGGAUAUUGAGGGAGAGGAGAAAGAAGGUUGAUGUGAAAGGGUUCGAAUUGGGUAGAGUAAUUGGACAUGGUGCGUUCGGAGUGGUGAGAAUUGCGAGGGAGAAGGAGUCGGGCAGGCUUGUCGCUAUGAAGCAGCUUCGUAAAGCAGACAUGCUCCGCAAAUCGCAAGAGGGUCACGUCCGGGCCGAGAAGGAUCUCCUAGCAGCAGCAGCCUCUCGACAACACUCCCCCAAUGUUUUAGGCGGUGAUUCUGACUCUCAACGACCCUCAUGGAUCGUUCAACUCUACUAUGCAUUCCAAGAUACUGACCAUCUAUAUCUCGUACUUGAAUUUAUGGGUGGCGGAGAUCUCCUAAACCUUUUGGUCGAACGAGAUACCUUCCCAGAGGAGAUGACUAGAUUUUACAUUGCCGAGAUGGUCCUGGCGUUAGAAGAAACUCAUUCGUUGGGUUUCAUACAUCGGGAUAUCAAACCUGAUAAUUUCCUAUUUACGAAAACUGGUCAUGUGAGGAUAUCUGAUUUUGGACUGGCGACUGAUCUUCAUUGGGCACACGAUACGAGUUAUUACGAACAUCAAAGACUGGCUAUACUUCGUAAACAUGGUAUAGACCUUGAAUACCCUUCGGUAAAGACCAAGAGGAUGAAAAAGGAGGAUGUAGAGAAGAUAAUGGGCAAAGAAUGGUUAGAUAAAGGUCAAAAUAUAUUGACUUGGAGAGAAGGUAAAAGAAGAGCUUUAGCGUAUUCGGUUUGUGGUACCAAUUCGUAUAUGGCUCCUGAAGUUAUCAGAGGUCAAGGAUAUGGUUUCAGCUGUGAUUGGUGGUCAUUAGGUAUCAUAGUGUAUGAAAGUCUGUACGGUUAUCCGCCAUUUGUCAGCUCUUCUCGACAUGUUACUCGACAAAAGAUUCUCAACUGGAAGACCACCUUGAAAUUCCCACCCAAACCUCGACUCUCCUCUGACUGCCUCGACCUCAUGACUUCUUUACUGUGUGAACCUGAAGAUCGACUCGGUACUACCCCUCUUGAGAAAUCGUCUAUCCUCACCUCGUCAAACAAGGGAAGUACCCUGAAUGGACGACACGCGAAUCUUGCCAAAGGUUUGGGUAACGAUGGUGCGCAGAUGAUCAAGGCGCAUAAGUGGUUUAAGGGGAUUGAUUGGGAUAAUUUACAUAAACAGACUCCACCCUACCACCCUGAUUUGUAUGCCGAAGACGAUACGAGGCAUUUCGACGAGGAUAUACCUGACGAGCCACUGGCGCCUGCCAACGGAGCAGCAGCCAACGCUACCAAAGAUCCGUUACUGCGAGAUAAGACUCAUGGUGCUCAUCUGUUGGAAAUCAGGAAAAAUCUCGCAUUCAAGGGUUGGACAUUCAAAUCGCCUUCCCUUGUCGGAUCUCGCUACGGUCAUCUAUCGGAGAUAUCCCGUAUGAAAGAUAUAUCUGAAGAUUCCAUACGUGAUCACGAUCCUCAUGGGGGUUGGGACGACAAUAGGGCGAUGACGAAUAGUGGGAUGACAACUGGUACGGUCAGGAAUAGAGCUUUAUCAUUUUAG